AUGUUAGAAUUAAUUAAACAAUUGUAUGAGAUUUUAAUAACUUCGAAGAAAGUCUAUAAGAUCAUUCAAGUGAUUCCUUUUAAUGAUGAGAGCAAGAAUGAUUUUAUAACUUUUGAAGAUAAUUAUGAAGACACUUUAGAUAUUGGUAUGACCAAAUCAACCUAUUUAAGAUUGUUUAAACAAUGUCAUGACUAUUGGCAUUUAUUAGUAGACAGAAGUAACAAUGACUAUGAAGAGUAUAUUAAUCAAUUGGAAGAUAAUGAUCAAUUACAAGAAUUAUAUUUUAUGACAUUAGGAUAUUUAAUAACAACCAAUGAAAAUACAACAAUGAUUCGAUUACAUGAAUUAAUUGUAUAUAAAAUGUAUCAACAACGAGAUAUACAAUUCCUUAUACAAGAAUUGGAUAUAAUAUCAUCAAUCUUAUGUUGUCGAUUGAAACGUAUUAAUAAGAGUUCUUCAUUAUGGCAUUGGUUAAAGAAAUUAACAAUUGUAUGUAUUUAUCAUAACAACAAGGACAAUUCCAUUGAAUUAUAUAAACAAAUUAUACAAAGAGCAUUCAAGAGUUGUGAAAUACAUUAUGCUAAUUAUUAUGCCAACAAUUAUAUACGAUGGAUCAUUAGAAUUAAUUAUAUGUCUAACUUAACAAGUCAUAAUGAAAUUGUUGCAAAUAAAUUACUAAAAGCUUGUAGAUCAAAAUUAAGUGAUUGUUCAUUAUGGAAUAGUUUAAAUGUUUAUUUCAUUGGAUUAUCGAAUGAUUCAAUAAAUGAAUUCAUUAAGAAUGAUUAUAAUAGAAUUGCUACAUCUUUAANUAAAAGCUUGUAG